GCCCACUAUACGCAUGUGGUUCCUGGUACGCAUGCGCGCCAUCGUUGCUAUCACCGCCAUCCUCAAGUCGCCCGAUGUACCUGAGAUCACACGAGCAGAGUCCCCGAGCCGCCGCUGUCGUUAACAGAAACACUGAGACGUGACUCUUGAAACCGAGCCCCACCGGACCGAGCCGACACAGCCAAAGAGCCACGGUGCUGAGUUCUCAGUCCUAACACCGGUUCCUGUGGAGCAGCUUCCUCUUGUCAACUGAAUCCUCUUCUCUACCGUCUUCCUGAGCAGACAUGCCUCCAGCGUUAGGUGGGCCUGUGGGGUACACCCCUCCCGAGGGCGGCUGGGGCUGGGCGGUGGUGGUGGGGGCCUUCAUCUCCAUCGGCUUCUCCUACGCCUUCCCCAAGUCCAUCACUGUGUUCUUCAAAGAAAUAGAGGUCAUCUUCGACGCCACGCCCAGUCAGGUUUCCUGGAUCUCCUCCAUCAUGCUGGCCGUCAUGUACGCAGGAGGUCCCAUCAGCAGUAUCCUCGUGAACAAAUAUGGCAGCCGACCGAUCAUGAUGGCUGGCGGCUGUCUAGCGGGGUCAGGACUUGUUGCAGCCUCCUUCUGCAACACUGUGGAGCAGCUGUAUUUCUUCAUUGGAGUGGUGGGAGGAUUGGGGCUGGCAUUCAACUUGAAUCCUGCGCUCACUAUGAUCGGUAAAUACUUCUUCAAGCGGCGGCCCAUCGCCAACGGCAUUGCUAUGGCGGGCAGCCCCGUGUUUCUGUCCACUUUGGCUCCUCUCAACUCCUGGCUGUAUGAUGCGUUCGGGUGGAGGGGCAGCUUCCUCAUCCUGGGAGGACUUCUGCUCAACUGCUGCGUUGCCGGCUCCCUGAUGCGUCCCAUUGGACCCAAACCUCAGCCGGCCAAGCCCGACUCUGAGGGAGAGAAUUCAGUCCAGCCGCAACGUAAGACGUGCCUGCAGACCAUCAACUCCUUCAUCGACCUGACGCUGUUCAAGCACCGCGGCUUCCUGCUCUACCUGAUGGGCAAUGUGGUCAUGUUCUUCGGCCUCUUCUCUCCGCUCGUCUUCCUCUCUAAUUACGCCAAGAGCAAGGACAUCAGCAAAGAAAAGGCGGCCUUCCUCCUGUCAGUGCUGGCCUUUGUCGACAUGUUCGCUCGGCCCUCCAUGGGCUUGCUUGCUAACACGAAGUGGGUGCGGCCCAGGGUGCAGUACUUCUUCGCCGCUGCCGUCCUCUACAACGGAGUGUGCCACGUACUGGCGCCGCUGUCUGUGGACUACACAGGAUUUGUGGUGUACGCCAUCUUCUUUGGUUUCGCUUUCGGCUGGCUGAGUUCAGUGUUGUUUGAGACACUGAUGGACCUGGUGGGAGCUCAGAGGUUUUCUUCGGCUGUGGGUCUGGUCACGAUAGUGGAGUGUGGACCGGUGCUUUUAGGGCCCCCGCUAACAGGCCAAUUCUACACCUACUACAAACACUACGACUACACCUAUGUCUCCUGUGGCAUCAUCCUCAUUAUCUCAAGCGUCUUCCUCUUCGUGGGAAUGGGCAUCAACUACCGUCUGCUGGCAAAAGAGAAGAAAGAGGAGGAGAGAAAAGAGAGGGAGGACCAGAAAGAGGAGCGCGCUGCCAUGUUAGAACCUCCUUCACCGACAAAAUCUGACGGCCAGGUGGAGGAGAACAAGGUGCCAGCUGCUGUCACACUGGAGGACGUUGCCAAGAUGGACGAGGACAUAGUGUAAAGAUUUCUAAAACGAGCUGAAGGAGGACGCACACACUUCAGUUAUAACUACACACUGUCUUUUUAGAGAGAUAAUACCCUUUCACACAACCCGGAAGCCAUACAAACCAACCAUGUAUCAUUAGAGUCUGAGACCGGCCGCUGUUGAUUUUAGGCAGAUAUCAGCGUUUCACUAUGUUCAAGCCUCUGGAUGUCGUAUUUAACGUGCCUUUGGGCAAGUGUUCCAGGAGCACAGGCACCGCUUACAUAUAGAUCGACAGACACGCAACAGACGGCGUGACUGUGAGAUCACAAUCCAGUAGACUACAGGGACUUUGUCUCAGGGUCUUUAGCUGCCACAAAAGGUUCCAAACUUUACACGUUUUUUAAAAAAUCACCUAAAACGCAUCGCAAGAGUCGAAUCGAACAUUUUUGUUACAUUACUCAAAGAUACUGUACGUUUUCCCUCACCUUCAGCGCACACCUGCGUUGCUUCACUCCUCAAGGGCUAGAUGUGAAAUUUAAAAGCCCACAAUCAUAAUAUUGUAGGAAAAUUUAUAGUAUAUUUAACUGUUAAUAGUUUGGAGGCAACACCGGUAUUUCAUUGCGACAGAACACAAAAAAGGAAGACUUUAGGGAAUAAAGUAGAUGUUCACUACCACACAGGGAAGACUAACGCUUAUAUUGGAAUCGGUGACGUGUUUAACCUUUAGUUGAGAUGUGAAAUAACACACAAAAACUGAAUUACCUGUGAGUGUAAAGGAGGAAGCUUAAAACGUACGCAGGAAUCAUUUUGAGAGCAGCGGUGCUCAACAGUCGGAAACUAAGUCACCACGUGAGUUAUCUGCAGUAUUGGAGGCACUGUGAACGGUGCGCUUGUGCAUCCCCCGAGAAGAGCUGUUCAUCCGACGUCGUGUUGAUAGAGAUGAGGCACGUUGGAACAAGAAAGAUAAAUCCGCUGUGCAGCCUGCAGGUUGAGACGACUCGCAGCGUUAAAUGGCACCGCACACUGGCUUUGGGAGGAAUAACGGUGUGAUUACUGGAUGCGCGUGUGUACUUUGACUAGCUUGAUUGAAGGAAAAAAAAAAAAAGAAAUUGCACACAAUUGUAUUGGGUCAUAAUGUGCUCUGUUGUUUUUUUUUUAAAUUGUGAAUAACAAUUUUUCAGAUAUCAGUUUCUACAAACCCCCAAAAAAUCUAUUUUAGCUCAAUCUUUUUAAUGGUUUUUAAUGUUUUAUUGAAUGAUUGUGAUGAAAUGAAAUGCGUGUUAAUGUAAGCGUUUCAUCAUUUCAUGUGUCUGAAAUGCAACCGCUGCAGUAUGGCCACGUCCUGCAGGUUAUCUCUAAUCAGAACAAAAUGUGACAUAUCAGAGCUACUUCGUUCAAGUCUGUAACAGAUACCCGCUGACCGGUGACUGGGGUCACUGCCAGCAGGAGUAUCUGAUACAUCUCUGGGAAGCUUUUGCUUCGGUAUAAAUCUGAGGGGACGGAAGACGUGUGGAGGUGUGAGCUGUUUAAUAAAUUUCGAGAACAAAUUCGCUGAGAGACGAGAGCCGGACACGUUGUGAAGAAGCCACAAAGUAUUGAAAGAUGGACUAACACAAAUAUAGUUUUGGUCUUUUCUUGUUGUUAAUUAACAUGAUGCGCUUAAUCCUUUAUAAUCUGAAGAAACCCCAGAUUUAAUGGAAGAUGGAAAUGUUUCUGUAGGGGAACACUACUUCAGUCAUUUGCUCUAGUAUUUCCGUCUUCACAGAGAAAAUGUCCUGCGAGUGGUUGAAGCAGCAAGGCAAAUACCAGGGAUGCAGAUUUCAUGUUUUCUAUUUAAUUUAAUUGGUGACGGUGCACAUUUACACUGUCUGCUUCAAUUUGUUUGUAUGAAAUUAUUAUAUCAUUACCAAAUGUGUCUAUGGGGCCCGAGAGUUGUGAGAGGAUUUUUUUGAGGACUAUGAUUGCUUUAGCUCACGGUUAAAAUGAAGUGAAGUUAGAAUUGACUGUGACCCAUGGCAGAGUGCUGACCUGUGCUAUGAUACAGUAUUGAGUUAAGUGCACACUGUUGUUGGCUGUGACGACAGUGAGAGUUGCUCAGGCAAAUAAAACUAGAGGAGCACUUCACCAGUUCUCUGACUGGCUGCAGGCAUGUCUGCACUGUUGUUGUUAUGAUUAUGGCUGUGAAAAAAAAUCAUUUUCAAGGUCCAAGACACCGACUGUCCUGUUUUGUGUUGGUCAUGCAUCGGUCACAGAAGCAAGAUCCAAAGCUGCAUACGGAGUGCAAUGUGUAACCAUUCAUACAGCCACAACUUAAUGACUUCACAGCAGGAAGGGCUGCAGCUCUGCUUUCAAUCAGGAAGUGAUCAGAGUAGGUAAAUAGACAUUUUAUUGAUCCAGAGUGUAACAAAAUCACGCAUAGACAGUCCUCAACAAUAAUUUACACUCACCUGUCGGGACCCUGUAGUCUUCAAAACAGUUAAUCACAGUGUGUAACUCAAAGAGUAAACGCUCUUUGAUUUUUAAUGCACGUCAGCUUGUGUGUUACUUUUAAAGGUACUCAUGGUACCAAUGGGAAACUACUUUCUCUGUCAUCAAGUGUCCACCUGUCCAAAUACUUGAAUCUAAAGCAAAUCUCUUGAGGUCACUGGUCUUCUUUCAGGGGAAAGAGAUGAUCUGCAGACAGACUUGCUUUCUCUGUGUCCACAUCCCACUGCUCUAAACCCUAAAUUCCAUUCAUUUACACCAUUUACAGUAUUAUACUGUUAUUCACUAGGCUGAUUCUGAUCAUAAAUUGACUGAAAACUUCUGUUAUUUUGCCUUUGAGACAAGAAUUUGAAUAAAGGUGGCACAAUACUGCGUAUAUUUAAAAAAAAUCCUGUUUCAUCGAAAAUUAGGUUAAUAUUUUCUGGUGCAGGGGGUUUAAAAAUGGUACUUAUUGCCCCAGCACAUCCUAGUGUUUUGUAUAUAUAAAAAAAGAUCAAAUAAUUUUAUGUUGA